CGUUUGAUAACAUAACCUAUAAAAUAGUCGCGGAUGUUUUUUGACAGAUGUAUGUGUCAUUGUUUUUUAAAUAUAAACUAUAUCUGUUGUUAACAUUGUUGUGAAUAAGUUAAUUAUCAACUUUUGACAGUAAAAUUUUAUACAAUAUAAAUGUAUAGAAGAAUUAGAUAAAUUAAAAGCAGAAAAAUUAUGAAUUUUCCAAAUUCUUUGUAAUACAAUAUAUAUAUUGACGAGUGAAAUUCAAUUGCAUUUUCAUCAUGGCUAGUGAACAUUUAAGUGGAAAUGGAUAUUCACCACUUCCACAAAGUAUCAGUAAUACUGAUUCAGAAGAUGAGGAUGAUCAUCUUAAUGGACCUAAUCUUUCGAUUCAUAGAGAUUCAGAUGAUAUGACAAUGAUGGAAUCUUCACAUAAAAAUGGACAAUUUCAUCCGUUGGAUGAGUCUCAAAAUAUGGGAAAUCGAAUAAGAAAUGGGCGAAGUUCUCUUGGAUUUUGUAAUGACAAUAUUCCAAUAAUGGUAUUGGAUGGAGAUGGACAUGAUUUAUGGAAACGUCAUGAUAUGUCGCCUGUACGGCGAAUUUGUUUAGUAUUUUCAAUACUCUUAUGCAUUUUGACUACUCUCGUAUUUUUGUACGUUUUGCCUUGUGAUAAUUCAACUAUUUGCUCCGAGGCCUUGGAACCAAAAUCUUCUCUAUCAUGGGAAAAGACAUUAGAAGGUAUAGAGUUACAGGGUCCAAUUUCCGUACUUCCUGGAAAACAUUCAAAUCUUUUUUUUCUUCUUCGUGGACAAAAAUUUGGUAAUAUAAAUUCACAACUGGCAGGAUUGAAAAUUCCUAUCGAUGGCGGUGGAGUUUUAUCAAUGCAAGGAACAACGGGCGUUCCUUUAUGGUGGACAAUUCCCAAGGGUGCUCCAACGGAUAUAAAUUGUCUUUCCAUGGAUGUUAAAGGUUCAGGAAAGUUAAGUUGUAUUGUAGUCGGUGAACAAGGACUUUUAGAAAGUAUUAACGCAAUCACUGGUUAUGUUCAAUGGAUAUCGCCAAUUCGCACCUAUCCAAAAUUACCAUUAUUCCUACCGGAUGUGAAUUUCAACAAUGUCAUCGAUCUAUUAACUGUUCAAGUUGGUGGCGAACCAAAAAUAAAAUUGAUAAUUAUUUCCGGUGAAAAUGGCAAAGCACUGAAUAGUUAUCCAAUUGUUAAUUGUGAAUCGGUCCGACUUCACGCUCUAUCCUCGAAUUUCACUGUUUUGUAUUUUUGUAAAUUGGUUAAUGGUGAAGAAAUAUUGGAGUCAAUUGCAUUGGAUGAUCUAUUGUCGAAUUUAUCACAUAGACAAAGAAAAUAUGAAUCAACAUCCAAAUUUUCUUCUACAAAUGAAAUGGCCUUGAGUGAAAAUAAAAAUAUUUGGAAUUUGAGUCCAUUUUAUCGACUCUAUGUGAAAAAUCAAGGCGAAUGUCCUGGCGAAGAAUGUCAAGUUAAUGUUAGUAUUACUGUUCAAAAGAAAAAUGAAACGCGAACAAUUUGGAAUUAUUUUGGUUCGGGUUCAUUUGCAUCAUUGCCAACAAUUCUUAAUGAAACGGAUAAGCCAUUAAAAUCAAUAGGAUGUGUUUUGAAAUUUUGGCAUUGGUCGACAUCAAAUGGAGAAAAAAAGAAAAUUGAUAAUAAAACGGGUAUUGUAAAACGAAUCUUAACCGAGAGAGUAUUAAUAAUUCUCAUGAAUGGUUCUGAUUUUCGUGUAUUUAAUGCUAGUCAAAGUGAUAUAAUUCAAUUAUGCAAAAAUGAUGUGUGUCAACCAAAUCUUGAAUUACAAAUGAAAUCAAUGGCAGUUGUCGAUCUUGAUAAUGAUGGUUAUUCAGAAUUAAUUAACUAUCGAUCGUCUUAUGAUGCGGAAUAUUCGGAAAUUUUGUCAUCAAAAGUACAAGUAGUGAAGCUCGAUGCAGUUCUUUAAAAUCACUUUAAGAUCAAAAAAAUAGAGAAAGAAAAAGCAAGGUAUGUAUAUGUUAAGAGAAAAUCGUUUUAAAAAUGAUUUUUCUCAUUUACAGAGGCUAUAAAAAAAAACAUAAUAUCGCGAAGAUAAUAAUCCAAAAUCGCUUAAUCUAUGUACUUAUAAAUAUACAUUAUUUUUUACAAUUUGAAAUAACAAUUUUAAAUUUAAAUAAUACUUAAAAGUAUAUAUGUGUGACUCAAAAAAAAAAUUCGCGUUUCUUUAUGAACGCAUCGAAGGUAAUCAAAAAUUUUAUUUUAAUUGUUAGAAUCGUUAAAACAAAAGUACAAUGGUUUUAACUGUUUUACAAAAAUUGAUAUUUUUAAUUUUAAUUAUAUAUAAAAAUCAAUAACAUUUUAAAUUUCCAAAGAUAUAGACAUUUUUAGUAUAAUAUUAAGAUUUAAAAAAAUAUAUAAUUUAAAUUUCGUGUACUUUAAAAAAACAAUUUACGAUUUAUAGAAAAGUAAAUUUCCUAUUAAUUGCGAAUUAAAUUUAUUUAUUUAUUGACUUUUUUGUGAUAUAAAAAUAUAUAACAUUGAAAACAAUUUUAAUGUUUAGCGUGUAAUACUUUCGUUUUGUUAUUUGUUGUAUUUUUAAGAAAAAGUGUGAAAGUUUAUUGAAACUUUCAUCUCUAUGUAAUUUUAAAACACAAAAAUAAACUUUUGUUUUUAAAUGCAUUUUAUUAUUAUUAUUAAUUACAUUUUAUUAAAUGUCAUUGAUAUAAAUUUUAAUUAUUUAAUUAUUUAUUUUAAUUAUUUAAUAGAAUGUAUAAUUUUAAUUUUCAUCAACCAGGGUGUCCAACAAUCAGGGAAGUCAGGGAACUUUUUAAAAAUUUGCCAAAAAUGAACAUUUUUAUGAAUUUUUUAAAUUUUCUGGUGCAAGAAAAAGUGAAUAAAGCUAAUAAAGAAAAUGUUUUUUAUUAUCAUAAAAAUACUUUAAUAAUUUAUACUUUUCAUUUUUUUAAUAUUAAAUAUUUAUUAAAGAAAAAUUGGAAAAAGUUUAGGAAAAAGUCAGGGAAUUUUUUUUGUUCUUCUUGCUGGACACCCUGUCAACAAUACAUUUAUUAUAUUUCAUUUUUAGAAAAAAAAAUUUUUGACAAUUUUUCAUGGAAUUUUUCGUUUUUUAAAAUUACAAUUUAUCAAAUAAUUCAAUUAAUCGAAAAUAAUUAUAGAAAUGUAUUUAAAAAUUCUGGAAUGCAGCUGUAAAAUUGUAUUUUGCAAUUACCUAUUGUCAAUUUGUAAUAAAAAAGAAUAAAUAAACUGACCAAUGAAAUUCCAA